CAAAAAACCAAGAUUUUCAAAAACACGGUUCCACCUUCGAAUUCCCUCCCUUUAUUAUAGGUGUUCUCCAAUGGCAGAACCUCAAAUCCUUAAAUCUCAUAUUCAAGACUCCAAGUUCCUAAGCCCUAAUUCUAGGCCUUGGAGUUUGUAUAACCGCGAAGAAGAUCCGAAUUCUACUAUGAAUUCUGUGUACGAGAAUGAACAUCAUGAAGAUGAAGUGGAUUCAUCACUCUGCCUUUCUGGUUCAAGAUUUAUUGAAUCUGGUUUGGUAACCUCCGAAUUCUCAGGCAAUGCUGUAAUGUUUGUAAAUGCUGGAGGAGGGACUUUAAUGAAAGAAGGAACUAGCGCAAUAGAUGUUCGUGGCGAUAGCUUUUUUGAAGGAGGGGAUGUUUUAAGAACCAUUGAAAGCAUCGAUGAUGGUGGUGAUAUGCCAUCCAUUUAUCAAUCAGCUCGUUUUGGAAACUUCACAUACCGUUUUAAUGAUUUCCCCCCGGGGGACUACUUGGUUGAUCUUCAUUUUGCUGAAAUUGUGAACACCAAUGGCCCUAAAGGAAUGAGAGUUUUUGAUGUCUUCAUUCAAGAAGACAAGGUCUUGUCUGAACUUGAUAUAUACUCUAUAGUUGGAGCAAACAAGCCAUUGCAAGUGGUUGAUAUUAGAGUUUCCGUGGGGCAGUGCAAGGAGAUUGUUGUAAGAUUUGAAGGUGUUUGCGGAAGCCCAAUGGUUAACGGGAUUUGCAUAAAACGGGCAACAGAAAUACCUGAUGAAGCAUCUCGAGUGAACUGCGACUAUUUUCUAUGCAACAAUUGUUCUGCUAAAAUAGACAUUCCAUCACCUCAGAAGAAACAUAUGAAAAUGAAAUCUACAUUAAAGUAUGAAAAGAAGAUAGAAGAGCUGAAGAACCUGUGCCAACUCAAGACAGAUGAAUGUUAUGAAGCUUGGAUGUCAUUAACAGCUUCAAAUAAGCAACUAGAAAAGGUCAGGAUGGAACUCGACAACAAAUUCUUCCAAAAUUUGAAUUUAGAUCGGGCCUUGGAAAAGCAAGCUGCAAAGUUGAAAGUUGUUUCUACUAAAUAUGAAUGUGAUAAGAGGUUAUGGGUUUCUUCAAUCAUUGAGUUGGAAAACAAGAUUAAGACCAUAAAGCAAAAGCAUUCUCAGCUAUCUAAUAAGGCUCAUGACUGUGCUGAUUCAAUUCCAGAAUUGAACAAGAUGAUAUAUGCAAUCCAAGCAUUGGUGGCUCAGUCUGAAGAUCUAAAACUGAAGCUCAACGAGGAGCAGGAGCUGAGAAAAAAACUUCAUAACCAGAUAGAGGAAGCAAAAGGAAACAUUAGAGUGUUCUGUAGGUGCCGCCCAUUAAGUAACGAUGAGGCUUCAGCUGGGUAUACAACAGUUGUAGAUUUUAGUGCAGCUAAGGAUGGAGAUAUAGGGAUACUUGCAAGCAGCUCCGUGAAGAAAAAUUUCAAAUUCGAUAGAGUUUAUACACCCAAGGAUGAUCAAGUUUCGGUGUUUGCAGAUGCAUCCCCAGUGGUGACUUCGGUUUUAGAUGGUUACAAUGUCUGUAUAUUUGCAUAUGGGCAGACAGGGACAGGGAAGACUUUUACCAUGGAAGGUACUGGACAGAAUCGAGGAGUCAACUAUAGGACUUUAGAGCAGUUGUUUAAAAUUGUUGAACAGCGGAAAGAAAAUUCUACAUACAGUAUAUCUGUCAGUGUGCUUGAAGUCUACAAUGAGCAAAUCAGAGACUUGCUUGCAACUGAACCAUCAUCGAAAAGGUUGGAGAUUAGGCAAGCGUCAGAGGGGUUUCAUCAUGUUCCUGGGAUAGUGGAGGCUAAAGUUGAAAACAUUAAGGAGGUUUGGAGUGUGUUACAGUCUGGAAACAAUGCAAGAGCUAUAGGGUCAAACAAUGUGAACGAGCAUAGCAGCCGAUCUCACUGCAUGCUCUGCAUAUUGGUUAGAGCAAAGAAUUUGAUCAGCGGUGGGUACACCAAAAGCAAACUAUGGCUUGUGGAUUUGGCCGGUAGUGAAAGGCUAGCAAAAACAGAGGUGCAAGGAGAUCGGCUUAAGGAAGCCCAAAAUAUUAACAGAUCACUCUCUGCUUUAGGAGAUGUGAUUUCGGCUUUGGCAAACAAAAGCAGCCACAUACCAUAUAGGAAUUCCAAGCUCACGCACCUCCUUCAAGAUUCGUUAGGCGGUGACUCCAAAACCUUGAUGUUUGUACAAAUCAGCCCUUUGGAGCAGGACAUAGGUGAGACCCUAAGUUCGUUAAAUUUUGCAAGUCGGGUUCGAGGAGUGGAAUUGGGUCCAGUAAGGAAACAGGUUGACACGGCUGAGCUUCAAAAGUUGAAACACAUGCUUGACAAGGCCAAGCAAGAACUGAGAUCAAAAGAUGAUGCUUUAAGAAAGUCAAUGGAGAACUUUCACAACUUAGAGGGUAAAGCCAAAGAUAGUGCACAGCUUUGCAAAACCCAAGAAGAAAAGCUCAAUGAACUUGAACACCAGCUUUCAUCCAAGACGGAGUUUUGUAGACAAAUAGAGAGGCAGUUGUGGCAACUUUCAGAAAGAAUGAUGGAAAAGGAAGAAAUUUGCUCAAAUUUUCAGCUAAAGGUCGAGGAGCUCGAGAACAAACUGAAAGAGCAUGUUCAGAAUCAGACGGCAUCCUUGCCUCUACAGAGAAAGGUCAUGGAACUUGAAAGCAUUUUGAAAGAGAGAACACAGGAGUUUGAACUUCAUUCAGGGACGCUACAACAAAAGGUUAAAGAACUCGAAAGCAAGUUGAGAAUGGAAAGAGAAAGUGGAGGAUCAAAACAAAAGGGUAAUGAACUUGAACAAAAAUGGAGACAACACCAGGAAGAGAUUAUGCGACCGGGAAUAUCAUAUUCUGCGGAGAAAUUACAAGUCACACCCAAGAAAACCAUAUAUGGCAUUGAUCCUCCAAGUCUAAGGAGCUUAAACUCUAAUGGGAGCAGGAUAAAAGAGGAGGGAUCUCACUUGUUGAAAGGAACAGAAUCCCUUAGAGAGUUAAGAAGGAAAAAACAGGUACAAAGCAAAGGGACUGAGAACAAUUCAUUACUAACAUCUUCUCUGCUCGAAAAGAAGGUGUCGAGUGAAUCAAAGCACUACUCAACUAGAGCAUUGGCUAGGAAUGCAAAAUCAGUCAACACUGUUGAAAAAGGCUUAUCCAGCAACAAAAUCAACCUGGAUCAGCGUAGGGGGCCUAGAGAUAGCGGCAAUAAGUUGAAAAUGUGGUUAAGAUAACCGAGAUCAUGCUCCUUUUCUUUCCUUUUUCUUAGGUGGCUCAUCACAGUUUUACUUGACCAAAACAUGAAGGCUUAUCACAGUUUUAUUUUU